AACGAGAUGAUAAUACGCGGCCGUGAUUUUAUGAAUGAAACAACUAAUACACAACGAAGACUGAAAGCGAUCGAAGCAGCUCGUGAGUUGCUAAAGGCUGUGGCGAGAUUAUUAAUUAUGGCUGAUAUGGUGGAUGUUCAUCUGAUUUUAAUGAAUAUUGCUCGAGCGAAAUCGGCGCUGGACAGUAUGCAAGUAGCAGAGUCGAAGCAAGAAUUAGCUGAGCGAUACAGCGCGUUGAAAGCUGAGUUAGAAGAACUGAACGAAACAACUCGACGUCGAGUAUCGAACCUCAGGGAACUGUCCGAACAAGAUGAUUUACAAGCCGCCAGAGCAUGGCUUAAAGUGAACUCGACUCUCAUGUACACUUCAUCCAUUGCAUACAUCCGUCAUCCAGAAGUGGAUCAAAUCCGUUUGAAUCGUGAUUUUGCGCAUUCGGAAAUGAGUAAAGCACUACAAGCGAUUGCUGAGGUACUGGAGGGGAGAAACAGAAGCGGUGAUAUUGGUUUGUCGCAUCUUGGACGUAUUGGUGACCUCAUCCAUGAAUUAGAUCAGUUCCAGAACCGCGUUUAUAUGGAACCAAGCGCGUAUCGUGCGCAUAUUCAUCGUCCGGAACUGGAAGAGUUGCUGGAACGGAUUGUGAGUGGAGCGGCCGUGAUAGCGGACUCAGAGAACACUCGAGACGAUCGUAAGAAGAAAAUUGUUGAUGAGUGUAAUAAUCUACGACAAGCAUUACAAGAUCUUUUGAAUGAGUACGAAAAAAAUGCUGGACGUUAUGAUGGCUCAGAAGAGUUGGAUUUGGCGAUGGUGCAUUUGGGACAUAAAACGAAAGACUUGAAGCGACAUUUGCGACGCGCAAUAGUUGAUCACAUCAGUGAUGCGUUCCUGGACACAAUGACUCCGUUGAUGAUGCUGAUCGAUAGUGCGAAAAAACACGAUCAACCCGCAACCAUUCAUAAUGGAAAACUUUUCUACGAACACGCACAGAAACUGGUUCAAGUGGCAAAUUUGGCUUGUCAAAUGUCGAACAAUGAAGAUGGAGUUAGAAUUGUGCGAUUUGCAGCCAUUCAAGUUGAGAAAUUAGCACCGCAGGUCUGA